UAUAAUUCACAUUUCAGUAGCGAAUCCUCUUCCCCCUAUAGCAGCGCUUUUCCUUAACCUACUGGAUUAAUAGAAACUAUGAUGCAACAAUAUAUAAAGGAAUUAGAACAAGAGCCUUUUGAUCCAGAAGAAUUUGUUGAAAGACUAGCAUGGCGAACUGUUAACGAGACAACUAAAGAUGGAAUAACAGGUGUUUUUGAUCCUAUUUUAGUACACGAAACAUUUUUAGAAGCAAUUAAAGAUUUGCAGAUAUUAGAGAAUCGACAGCAAAAGAAAUGUGACAAACUAGAGACAAUACUUAAAGAAGAAGAGGCUAGACAUACAUUAGAAACAAUGGAUUUACAAAAUGGAAAUAGAAAAGCUAUAGAUUUAUUUCAUCAAUUAGAUGAAAGAAUUAAUUUUGUUGCAACAAAAGUUCUGCAUUUAGGAGACCAAUUAGAAAGUGUCAAUAUCCCAAGAGCUAGAGCUGUAGAAGCCCAGAAACUUAUGAGAUAUUUUUCAGAAUUUUUAACACCUAGUUCACUAACUGAUUCUAUUUUUAUGUAUAAAUUAUCAUUAGAUGAGUCAGCAGAUGUAAUUCAAAAGCUUUAUAUGAUUGCUCAAGAGCUUCCUUCAGAAAAAUUUGAUAAUGCUAAAAAAAGAAUUGCAGCAAAAUACAAUGAAAUUGAAAAAAAUCUUAUUGAAGAAUUUGUGAGAGCACAAAAUAUAGAAGAUGCAAAUCGUAUGAAAAAAUUAGCCUUUGUAUUAACUCAUUUUAAAAGUUAUUCAGAAUGUAUAAAUGCUUUUAUAGAACAAAGUCAAAUGAAUUCAUUUAGAGGCAAAGAUGUUUUUCAAGAAGUUUUACCAAUGUGCAUUAAAAAUGACAAGCUUAUCCAACAAGUUUUUUCUAAUCCAGAACAAGUUAUGGCAAAAUUUAUUUUAAAUAUUUACCAUUUGAGAUUACAAAAGCAUGUUGUUGCUAAAUUAGGCGAACAAACAGAUUCUGAAAAAUAUUUAAAAAAUUUAUAUGAUCUUUAUUUGAAAACUGUUAAACUCUCCAUUGCCUUAAGACAGUUUGAUAUGGGUACAGAUGAAACAUAUUUACCUAAAUUGACAAGAAAUAUAUUUCAGAAAUAUCUAGAUUCAUAUAUAAUUGUUGAAAUAAAAGUAUUGAGAGAAAGUUUUGCAACUCUCCUUAUACAAUAUUACGAUUCAAAGAAUCAUCAAAAGAAACAAUUGUCAAGCAGUGGUUUUCAAGAACUUAAACGUGAUCUGCAAGCAGUAUUGAGUACACGUACAAAUAUCAAUAUUACUCAAAUUAAUGAUUAUGGUGGUGAAACCUUUCUUUCUGAAGAGUUAGCCAUAGCUCUACUCCAGAAAAGCAAAUCAGCAUUACAGCGGUCCUCACUAUUAUCACAACCCUUAGAGUUGCCUGUCAAUACGAUGCAAAUUCUGGAAAUUACGCUACAAUAUCUUAUCAAUGAACAUGUAGAUUAUGCCUUGGAAUUAGGCUUGCAGUGUGUUCCAAUCCCAGAAAGUAGAAUACAACCCGAAAUACAUUUUUUUACAGUUGUUCGUCAGUGCAAUGUAAUUAUACGCUUAUUAGAAGAACAAUUUAGUGGAAAUAUACUUCCUCUAAUUAUAUCUUCACCAAAACACGUUGAUUGUAUGGCAAAAAAAAAAUUUGCUCUUGAACAAAUUGAAUCAAAAAUCGAUACGGGUUUAGAUCGCAGUAUUAGUGCUAUUAUUGGUUGGGUAAAAAGUUACUUACAAACGGAGCAACGAAAAACUGAUUUUAAACCCGAAACUGAAAUGGUCGAUACGCUCAAUACGCCACCGUGUUUAACAGUUUGUCAAUAUGUAUCGAGCAUAAUAAAACAUAUAAGAGAUCAAUUUGACGGCAAAAGCUUGGAAAAUGUAUUAACAGAACUAGGAAUACGAUUCCAUCGUGUUAUCUAUGAACACUUACAUCAAUUUCAAUUCAAUUCAGCUGGUGCUAUGUGCGCUAUUUGCGACAUGAAUGAGUAUAGAAAAUGUGUUAAAAAGCUAGAAAUACCACUUAUCACGAUACUUUUCGACACGCUCCAUGCUCUUUGUAAUUUAUUGCUUGUCAAACCCGAAAAUCUAAAACAAGUCUGUUCUGGUGAUCAACUCGCAGUAUUGGAUCGUUCUAUUCUCUCGUCUUUUAUACAAUUAAGAACCGAUUAUAAAACGCAAAAACUAGCCAAUUCGUUAAAAAGAUUUGCAGCAUAACAUAACAUUUUAUUUAAUUCGUGAAAUGUGAUAGAGGUAAAAUAAUAAAAGUAACAAUGUUUAUAUCAAAGAUAGUAAUUUUAUUACUAUUGUACGUCAAUGCAGUAUGUAUAAAUCAUAAGAUAUAUUAUUGCCAUUUCACAUACAGAUCAAACACAAUAACUACAUAGUGAAAACAAGGUUUCUAUUAGAAUUUUAUUUUACAUUAUGAAGAUAAAAUUUAUUUUCAAACUAUGGGA